CCCCAGCUAUCUGCAGUCCACAUCACAGAUUGCAACGAGACCACCGUGCAGCAUCUGACUAAUGCCAUCAUCCGCCCUCCUCCACAUAGCAGGGGACCCUCAGCUAAGGAAUCAGCCGGCUAAUUGAAUCAUAUCUUGAAUGGACUUUUAUUGGAGCGUUGGGGUGGUAGAGAGACCCCCGAUCGCAGAAUCCAUCGGCUCUUGUUUACCAGCCUCGUUCUCCUGUGUGUCGUUGGGUGGGGGGGGGACGAAAGCUGCAUGUGUCCUGCAAUGCAGGCAACAAAGAACUGCCAGUUUCAUUCCUUCGCUGGCAAUUAAUUCUUCCUGAGCAGAUUGGAUCUUUAUCGGACUAAUUGCUUUCCUCCGAGGUCGCUCGGACUCCUCCCAGUCCUCGAUUUUCCGGUGAACAUCUCCGUCAGCAUGGGCACGGUCCUCUCCCUGUCUCCGGGCUCCCGGAAAGCCAGCCUUUACGACGAUGGCUCCGGCUCCUUGGCGCAUUACAACAGUGUCAGCAAGGGCAGCGGGCAGAAGCCCGAAAAGACUUUAAAGAGACACUCUAUGUUUAUCCCCGCACUAACCUGGAAAAGGCUGGUGGCUUCCACCAAAAAGAGGACCUCGAGGAAGGGAACAGUCAACAGCAAUUACCAGAAGGACGUUGCCCAUUUGAACCAGGAGAAUGUGAAGAAAUCCCUAUCCUGUGCCAAUCUCGCCAGCUAUGACAGCCAGCCUCUGGCCCCGCUCACGUCCAAGCAGAUAUCCUCCAUCAAGAAUGUCUCCAGCACAACUGGUGGUGGCUCUCCAAAGAGGGUUAUAGUCCAAGCCUCCACUGGCGAACUACUCAAAUGCCUUGGGGAAUUCCUCUGUAGGAGGUGUUACCGGCUGAAACAUUUGUCACCAACAGACCCAAUUCUAUGGCUGCGUAGUGUGGACCGCUCUUUACUUCUUCAGGGUUGGCAAGACCAGGCCUUCGUCACUCCCGCCAAUGUGGUAUUUGUCUACUUGCUCUGCAGGGAUGUCAUCGACGGGGACUCUGUGGCCACUGAACAUGACUUGCAAGCCACUCUGCUGACCUGCCUGUAUCUCUCCUACUCCUACAUGGGCAAUGAGAUCUCCUACCCUCUCAAGCCUUUCCUGGUGGAAACUGGCAAAGAUGCCUUCUGGGACCGAUGUCUUUGCAUCAUCAAUGCCAUGAGUGCCAAGAUGUUGAGAAUCAACGCCGACCCACACUACUUCACCCAGGUGUUCGCUGACCUAAAAAAUGAGGGCAACCGCGAUGAGUUUUCCAGAGUAUUAGACCGGUGACUGUCCAUGGAGAGAGACCAGGUCCAGCUCUUUCACAGCACUUGAAGGCCAGAUCCUGCACCUAAUGUUGCUGGCCAACUUUGAUCCAGUAGCCAACAAAAUGGGACCACAUUCAACCUUUUGUGCAUUGCCUACGUUGAGCAGUGGUGGAAGUUUGAGGCCUCUUGGCCACCAUCCAACGUGCAUCUUUUUUUUUUUUGAGGCCAAAAAUCUGAAAAGUGACUGAUGGAUUUUUGCCGUUGAUUGUUAAAAAAAA